AACAAUUAUUAUUAUACCUCAGUAUGUUUUUUCUAUAUAAAAAAGAAUGAAAUAUUUGUGCUAUUUCAUUCCACAGACUAUUUGCCAGUCAAUAGUUUCAAAGACUAUUACCCCGGUCAAAAGUUUUAUAAACAUAUUUCCCGUACUUUUUCAUAUUAAUUUUUCAUUGGACAACAAUAACGUCAUCGACUAUUCUGCUUGGAUUUGUGCGCUUGGCAACGUUAAACUCUGAAAUAUCGUAAACGUUAUAAUCUGUAUGUAUCUGUCGUAAUUUCAAAUUAUAUUACUUACCAGAAGCAAUUGAAAAAGAAAAUCUACGCGACAUAUUUUAAGAACUAAAACAUGUAAUGUAUGGUAUUGGUCUGUCGUCGUCUUCAUAAUCUGGGAUUGCUUUGGUGUACGGUAAAAUAUUUUAGCUAAUGUUGAUCAUAUGCACGGCAAUUUUUACACAAGGAUUCCUGGUCUUGAUUACAGUAAAUAGAUUAUUGAUAAAUACCACACAGGGAAAAAAACCUGAUAGUUCAUCUUGUACAUGUCUAUGUGAUCAUUUUUUUUUCAAGUGGUGUAUGUAGUCUUUUUAGAAAGUUGUUUUUUUCGGUAUAAUAAAACACUUAAUGACUGGUUAUGAGGGUAACAGCAAGUUUGUUGUCCCUUUAAAACUAACUAUUGCCCUCGGCUUCGCCUCGAGCAAUAGUUGGUAUCUCAGGGACAACAAACUUGCUAUUACCCUCAUACCCAGUCUAAAGGUGUAUAAUGUUGACGUUAAGCUUGUGUACUUUUAAAUAUUCAACUACGUUAAUCGAACUCUCUAUCUGAUUACUAUCGCCAGUAAACCGGCAUUUGUUUCAGCAAUUAUCUAUUUCCCGCGAAAAAGGUUCUGAACAAGUAUGACCGAUGACAGAUUAUGUUGUUUGGCCAUGUUUCACGUCCAUCGUACGGACAAUGUCGGGCAAGUAAACGCAGAAGCUGUUCUCAAACAAUGGGAUCUAAGUGGCACAAGAAAGGUCGAACUAGCGUUCAUAGACAAUGACUAGCUUCCAUUCUUUGGUCUUUAUUAAAUUUUGUCAACAUGUGUGUUAUUUUUAUUGCAGCGUUAACCACACACACUUGUCCCGCUUUUUCUACUAUUAAACAUGUACCCUACUGUAAAUGGAUAUAUGUUUUGAUGGAACAAAAUUCGAGGCAAGUAUCUAUCAGCCGGCUCUGGUUGCCUAACGCAUUUCUUCAUACAGUAAAUAUGAAACACAAACGAUAAAUAUGAUACAAAAAUGGAUGUUACAAGAUAUAUUUCGAACCCUAAUACUACAAUUUUGGCCGGGGGGCUUGGCCCCCCCUGGGCCCCCACUACCUAGGGGGCCUCAGUCGGCGGCCCCAAGACCCCUGCCUCGUCUGUUUUUGAGACCUAGUUACGGCCCUGUAGAUUUAAUGCAAGUCAAACAUUUUCUUUAAACGAUGAUUUUUUUUUUAAUUUCUUUAGAAAUAAAGUAGUUAUAUGUUAUCAAAUAAAACUAUAUUACAUCAUUCUUGGCUUAAAUGCUCUUUGCUUGUAAAGAUAUUUGAAUGCACACGAAUAUAAAUUGGAUCCGAAUCGUAAUCAAACACAUGACACAUCAUUUAUAACGAGAUAUUUUUAUAUUUCAUUAGGAAUAAAUUGUAAGCUGAUAUUUAAAAAAAAUCGCCUACGCAAUAUUUACUACAUGUAUCAUUAACGUAAAAAAACAGUAGAAAAAUACCGUUUACGAUAUUUGGCAAGAUUUAAACGUUUGCGGAUACAAAACUGUAAUCGUAUAAAAGAUGUACGACUCCCAAUCGUACCCGUCUUAUCAUAGGAUUUCUGAAAUAGUUGACCUUAGUGUUUCGACUACCAAAGAUGAAACACAUACAUGUAUACCUAUUUCAAGAAACAUAUAACCGUCUUAUCUAUUGGCCUUCUUUCGAUGAUUGGCAGAACUUUCAAGGUGAGUGGCCAAAACUUCCACUUCGAUAUGCAGUAGGGCUAUCGACGGAAAGCUUGUGGCCGAUAAUGGAACUACAAGAAUAGUAUUUCCCAGGACACAGACAUUGUGACUGAAUUCACACUCUAGUUGUAAUAUUGAACGAAGACAGGAAAUGUUAUGUUGAGUGCGGAUUUCUUUGGCAUCAGCAAUAUAUGUUGAUAAGAAAUAUAGGACAAGAAUUACCUUUCCCGACUGAGCUGUUUUUGCUAGGCGACAAAAUAUAUCCGAACAGAUAUCCAGUAUUGACACCUUACAUGAGACAAGCCCCAGAAUAUGCAGAGGAAGUGUAGAAAAUUAAAUAGACAUAUUACACACUAUAGAGUAGAGGUUGAACACGCAUUCGGAGAAUUUAAAAAAAAAACACAAAGUUAUGGGGACUUUGUGGAGAUUCACAUCUGUUGUGACCAUAAGUUUCUGCAUUUGUGUGUCGUCGAAAAGACCUAUUUACAUGAUAAAAAAAUAUAAUUUCAUUUUACUAUGUAUCUCAAUUGGGUUUAUUUUUUUAUUUUGAGAGGACCCCUUGUUUUUCGUCAAUUGUAAUCGUAAGUCUAAGUGUAAUCCUAGGUAUAGACCUAGUUUCCGCAAAUGUCUAUUACUCAAUUAUUAAUCAGAAUGAUAAAAGAAUAACUAGUAUCAGUUAUCUUGAAUUGCAAUAUCAUUUCUCUGAUAUAAUUAUGUACAAAACAAAGAGAAAAAAAACUUAUUCUACAGUAAGUAAAUUACAUUCUGCACUUGCCUGGAUUUAAUCUAUUCUAUUGUAAAGAUUAAUAUCAUAUUUUUCUUCACUAUACAUAUAAAGUAUUAUGUGAGUAAUGAUUUUUAGAUGUGAUGUUAUUUCAUUAUUAGACAAGAUUUUGCUCGUCAUUCUUAUGAGUGUCAUUGGCGGUAUAAACAUACGGUAUAAAACUUUCAACGCGUUGGUUUUCUCUUUAAAAGCGUUUAUUUCACUUUUGACGAGUUGAUUAUCACUUUUAGUGCGUUGAUUGUAAAAACUAACGCGUUAAUUCGUAAUUCAUACGGUAUGAAAAAUCAACACGUUAGUUUUGCAAACUAUACCGUUAGUUUUCACUUUCAACGGUAUAGCCGUAAGUUCUACACUUGUGUCAACUAAUCAAAAUCUUUCUUACAAAUUUCUACCACACUGAUUCUCAUUUCAAUUGUACGCUGAAAGAAUAUGUUUAUAUAUUAUACAUAAUGUCUGUGCAGAAUUAUAUAUAUAAAACUUUAAUGCAAUGUUAAAAUGUUUGUAAUUUGUGUUCCUUUAUUAUAUAUAAAUCUGUAAAAAAAAAAUACUUACAUCAGAACAUGCAUUUCAACUCGGAAGUCGUUAUGAAAAUAGAUAUACUGUAGACUCAGAUACAGGUUAAAGGGGACGCAGUAAGAAAAUAUAGGAACCAAUGAAGCUUUGCUUUUUACACUAUUAUAUAUGUGAAUAUGGCUUGAGUGAACAUGAUGGACACGUUUUUUCUAGUAUAACUCAAGCGAUAAAAAGUAAUAACGGUUAACUCAAUUAAAACUUCUGAUUUUACAUUUUUUCUCUAAAAUGUAACAGCAAUUCAAUUAUUUGCAGAAGAGCACCAUGCAGUCUAGUUUGUCUAUAUACUAAUAAAAAAAGAAUAAAAUUAUGGCAGAAAACUUGUCUUGAAGUAUUCUGUCGUAAUUUUGCUCUUUUUCAAACAGUGAGUAAACUGGUUCAAUGAUUAUCUCCCUUCCAGGUAAUACUAGACGAAUCUAUUGACUAUAUGAGUUUACAGUUUACAAAAUAUGUUCUGGUUAGUAUAGAAAAAAGUGGAGAAAUAACAAUACAAUUGGGUUAUCAUAUAAAUAAUUUUAUAAUUUUCCUCAACAUGACAAACAAUAAGAUCAUAAGGUUAUUGGAGAUUUGUAUAAAACCAGUAUGGUUUUCUGCUAUGAAACAAUUCAGAUCCUAACGGUCCAACCACUAUGUCUUUCUAUUGUAGCUGUUUUAUCACAGGAAUAUGCCAAUACUCCUCAUAUGUAUGAAGGCGGAGCAGAGAAUUUGAAGAAAGAACUAAUAUUGAUUGAUUUUUGUUUGUUUUACGUCCAGUGGCAAAUAAUUCAUGUUCAGGAUGAGAACUAAUUAACAACAAAUACAAUUAUCGGUCCUCAAAUAGGAGUUGGCCGGGAUAAAGGACUGGGAAUUUGGAAUGCCGCUGAAAAAUGAGGGUACAUUGCCUAAAUAGGAGACAUACAUGACUCUGUUUAGGGUUUCUCUGGCUUCUUUGUCCUAUUUAUUUGGAUUUUCGGUCAAGAACUCAAGUCCAGAUUAUUUUCGUAUACUUUCCCAUCAGUGGUGUCUUCCUCGUCUCGCAUAGUACAGGAGGACGUCAGGUCGAUCUUCGAUCGGUUCAAAUAAACGACUUUUGUAUUUGCUACUUCUAUGCCAAGCAAGAGCAAAGCCUGGUGAAUAAUAUACCCGUUAUUCCUAGCACGUUAAAAAGGCAUAAACAGUAUUGUGUAUGUUAUUUUUCUAUUCGUGUACAAACGUUCAUUUUAUUCCUGUGUCAUUGUCAUAGUGUGUUGUAACAGAAUUAUUUUCACACAUCGUGUUUACUUAUGCUGUUCAUGACCGAUACACGAUUAAUUAUUUCGGUGGAAAGAUCAGAACACCGAUAAAGUAUAAUUUUGUUUUUAAGAGUUUGAAUUUUAAUGAAUAUGCAAUAAAAAAAAAAUAUAUAUAUAUAAAUCACUGCUUUCAGAGUACACCCUAAGCCAUUCUUACAUGAUUGAUAUUUUUUUGUUUGCCUAACGUUCCGUUGCAAAUGUCAUUCGUUUUAACUUAGUUUAACAAUCUUAAUAAAACCAAAUAUUCUCGAUUGUACAAUUUUACUAUAGAUAUUUUGACUUUCAUUUUGUUUAAGUUUUCGAUCUUAAAUUUAAGUUCAGUAUAGAUAUUUAUAGAAAUCAACUCUGGACAUUUUCUUUUACGACGAGAGACUGUUCUUCAAAUUAUCUUCAACCAAAGUGUGACUGUGAUAUGGUAUAGAAAUAUGUUCACUUUUGGUCUUUUUAUCGACCGACCGUAAAACCCUUGCCAAAGUUGAGCGCCCGUUUGGCUGUGCGGGUUGUAUAAAUACGCAGUCACGUCCGGUCAGAAUUCUGUCCAAUAUAUCCUCAUUUUACAGUGGCAGUCAAAAUUUUCUACGCUUUAAUAUGAGCGAUAUCCUAUUUCAGGACUUACUUAUCAUAUUAUUUGUUAAUUUAGUUCUCGUCCUGAACAUGCAUGAAUUAUUUCCUCUGGACGUUAAGCAAACAGCAAUCAAUCAAAUUCACUUUUUAGUGGAGUGUUUUUUUUUAUGAAACAUCUAGGUUACACUUUGUAGUAGUAAGGCAAAAUGUUGCUAGAUUGAAGAUUGCCUUAUUUUUUUUAAGAUCAUGGUAUUUCUUACAUACCAGACGGUAAGUGCUAUCUUUUCAAUUUAGUUCUUUAUACUCUGAAGGGAGAGUAGACCCACGUUCACAUAUCACGUCAACCGAUUCUACAAAUUAGAUUUUUAAAUUACGAACUGCACAUGUGUCGGACUAUUGGUGUGUCGGACAAAUGGGGGUAUCGGACUAUUGAGAUGUCGGACUAAUGGGAUGGCGGACCAAUGGGAUGUCGGAAUAGCGGGAUUAAAAGAGAAAACUAACGCGUUAAAAGUGAAAACCAACGCGUUGAAAUUUUUAUGCAGUAUGUUUAUACCGCCAAUGACACGAAUGGCCACUCAUACAUUCUUACCCUUUUUUUUUGGGACGAAUUUUGCUGCCACUUUGUAAAUUUAUUUUCAGACUAUAUGUAUAUAAUAUGUUUAUGUUAUGUGCUUUUUUAUGUUGUUCCACCACUUAUUUGUAAUAUUCAGCUCGAUGUGUGUAGGUUUUUUUGGGUUUAUGUUUUGCUCAAUCACAUUAUGCAAACGCAACAUACAUAUUGUUGAAGACAAUAAUUUAGAUUAUAGACAAAUUAUCCGGGGUUCUGCAAAAUAUGUCAACUUGAAUGAAUGGCGGGAAUUUGAAACACGGAAACUAGGGGGAAAAGGGGGAUAUAGAGAAGGUCCAAUUUGCGCUUGCAACAGGUCACAUUCGUAUUCCCAAUAGAUUUUUAGAAAAUAUUCUUUAUCCUGCAAACUCUCAGUCCUACAAGGAAAAAAUGAGCAUCUAUACACCAAAAAUACAACCGAGCAGGCAACCCUUAGUAUUAGUAAGCUGGCGAUUAAAAAAUAGAACAAAUAUCUAUACCCGAUUUCCCAAAAAUUGUACUCUUGUUUUAUACUACAUUUACUUAACAUCUGUAUUAAGGGUUACAGCUUGAUAAAAAUGUUCAGUUGUAAAGACAAAUAGAUUGUAACAUCUUUAUUGUAGCAAGCUCUUGUUUACCUAAUAUACGAAAGUUUACAAUGCUAAAUGCAACUUUUUCAAAAAAGAACAAAGAGAACAAAGAUUUGCAAGUGAUGUCGUGAAUUAUAUACCCUCACUAGUUAUAACGAAAAGGUCUGUGCUCAUUGGGUAUAACAAAAUAAAAGUAUAUUUGAACCCUAAAAUAUUUGGAUUUGGGUUUUUGAUUACCCUUUUUCACCUUUUUCUGUCCAAGCUAUAUCUGUCAUAAGAACUAUAUGUAGAAUUGAAUUUUUCCAUUGCUGAAACCAUAAAUGACGUCACUUCAGCAAGUAUAAAAAAGGGACAUAAAAGAGGUGCGAAAGAUACCAAAGGGACAUUCAAACUCAUAAGUCGAAAAUAAACUGACAACGUCAUGGCUAAAAAAGAAAAAGACCAACAGAAAAACAAUAGUAUACAAAACACAAUAUAGAAAACUAAAGACUGAGUAACACGAACCCCACUAAAACUGGGGGUGAUCUCAGGUGCUCCAGAAGGGUAAGCAGAUCCUGCUCCACAUGUGGCACCCGUCAUGUUGCUCAUGUUAGUACAAACCCGGUAAUAAGUCUAAUUCAGUAGGUCACAUUUGGGAAAAGGGAACGGGAUUGUAGUUACGACAUUUGGAACAUAUAAUUGGACAUCGAUUUGAGAAAGCAAAAAGUACUUUAAUUAGAAUGAACCAAGAAUUGAUCGUCUUUCUUUAUUAUCAUCGUUAUCAGUCUUUUCUCAGAUUUGAUGAACAUACGUCGAUUUUUAGACUGGAUUUCGAUACAAAAAUACUAGUGCAUAAAAUUAUUUGUUUAAAUUACGUACAACAAGGGAAAUACCACUUAAUUAUAAAUAAUUAAAGUUCAGCAUUAACCCGGUCGGUCUGCACACAUACAUCCCCGAAUAAUGCAAAUAUAUAUUAAAAAACCAUCAACUAAGUUGGAAUAAAGUCAUACAGACCUUGGAAAUGCCACUAUCUAUAUCAAAGAAAAAGGAUGCAUACAUCCCUGCCUGAGGAAUGUCAUUAUAUAACAAAAGUAGGUUUACCAUACACCAGGUCGGAAUGCAGACAUAUAGACCUAAAAAAUGCCAUUGUAUAUCUAAAACUUCUGGUUCAAUUUUAUCACGUCCGUAUGCAGGCAUACAGAACCAACUAAUUGAAAUAAUCACCAAAAAUUAAUUAAUAAGGGCGAUCUACGUCUGCAUAUUGACGGAUGGCAGUUUGCAGAUCGAGGACAGAAGAGAAAGUACAGACAUCAUCUAAGUGCAUGGGCAGAAUGCAAAGCCAAAACAAAACACAAACGUCUAAAAGAUGUACAUGUAAAACUGAAAACAGAAUUUAAAUAGCAUACUGUGACAGAAGUUUAAAACAAACAGGAAAAGUGUAAAUUUUUUUAAGAUACGAACGCUGUCGGUAUCCGAAUUUUCAAAUCGGUUUUAACCCAUCAUUUUCUUUGGAAAGUCAGGAAUAUGACAGUUGUUUUUUUGCUCGUUCCGGUGGUUCACAACAUUUGAUUUUGUCAGUUGUUAUGGACUUCCCCAAACUUUAACUUACCUUAGAGUUCGGUAUUUUUGUUAUACAUUUUUACUGUUAAACUAAUUUAACGGAUACUUUGUCCUCAUUUGGAUCUGUCUAACCUACGUCGUAACGAUUUAUUUUCGAUGGGUUUUAUCUUUCAUUGUUCACAUAAUUAUAUUAGAAAUUGUCCAAGUUUGACAUAUUCGACAAUUUAUGUUGCCGUAAGUCACGAAAAUAAAAUGCUCGCGUAAAAUUAGAUGGUUUACAGAAUUGAUAUAGCUUAUAUUUGUAAUAUUUUUGGGUUUAAUAAGAUGUAUGAAUGAUGUUUUAUAGUUUUUUGAAUUGUGAAUUACUAUUGGAAAAGGAAGUUAAAAACAUUUAUUCAAGACCUAUUUUCAAAUUGCAAAUUAGUAAGUAAAAUAGCACAACCACUUUCCAAGUGCAAUAUAAAUCUUGUAUUAAUAACAAAGCAAAACUUUGGUUUUCCCCCUAUGAUAUUUAAAUUUUUAUUACAAGUUUGACACAUUUUUUAUAUAGCCGGAAAUAUAUCAUAUUACUGUUUUGAACAGCAAAUUUGAAAUGUAACGUAAAUAUACCCCUAUUUAACGCAGUAUUUCGGUCCAAUGCACAUUUAAACAUUCUAAAAAUAAGUUAAUAACACAUUUUAAAUUUUGGAUCAUAUUUUAUGAUCCUUUACAUUAUAAAGCGGACAUCCAAGGCAGAGGAUUCGAUAUUUUAAAACAAAGCGGAGAUGAUGAAAAUUUUACUUAUACUAACAAUACUUGUUGGAUCCCUUACUUGUGUGACAGCUGUUGAUAGUAUAGAUGGAAAUUUGUUGGCCGAAGAAUUGCGAAAGAUUAAAAAAGGCAUUGGUGUGGAUUAUUUGCAGGAAGAGUUUGAUAAAAUUCCUUACGGACAAAAAUCCGGCACAGGAACUGAAAUAUUACAAAGAAUACAAUCCAAUCUAAAUACUGCACUGACCAACUUGAACACUGUUUUAGACAACGUAAAAACAAAAAUAGUGUCAGUUAAUCAGGACGGUUCUUCGACAAAUCUUCCAAAUUGUUGUGAUUUAUCAGACGACCAACUAACGUACGCACUAGAGUUUCAGACAAAGGUAGAUUUUAGUCAAGCAUGUGUAACCACUUCCCCGAUUGCAACAGAUAACCUAAAAUAUCCGACCGAUUUAAUCAGUGAUAUAAUGAAGAAGGAUUACCAAGACAACAAGAAUGUUUUGUGGCAGCAUUACAGUACGAGAGAAGGUGUAUUUGUCUUAUACCCUGCUACGAAGUUACAGAACUGUCAGAACUUUGAUCCAAGAUUUACGACUCCAUAUGCUUCAACAGCCUCUCCUUCGGAUAAAGAUGUCGUUAUUGUAAUUGAUACAAGUGCGUCAAUGAAACAAUCGUCUGCAGUCACGCCAAAGACAAAAAUUGUCAUUGCUAAAGAAGCGGCAAAUAAUGUCAUUCAGACACUAAAACCUAAUGACAGGGUUGGACUGGUUACAUUUAACCAAGAUGCAUUCUCUCCUUCCGGAAAUUCAUAUCAUUCAUGUUAUCAAAGUGAAAUGGCAUUUGCGACAAAGGAAAAUACAGACAAACUUAAGGGUUAUGUCUUUUCUAUAGGCACUGGAAGUUCAGUUUCCAACUUUGGAAAGGCUUUAGUUGCUGCUUUUAAGUUUUUCAAUUCCUCAGAUGACACUAUUAAAGUUCAAAAUAGAGAUCAGGUAAUUCUUUUUAUCAGCGACGGAAAAUCUACAUCCGGCAGUGAUCCUGUACAAGUUAUCAGCACUGAAAAUUCAAAACUUCAAAACAAAAUUACUAUAUUCACCUACCUGAUUGGACAAGAUGAACAAGCCAAAAUUCAGUUACAAAAUAUGUCAAGUCAGACCUUACAUGAUCCUUCUUUUGGACCUAAGCAAAUUGGACAUUUCGAAUACUUUGAUUUUGCUGAAUCCAAACAGAAGUUACUUUCUGUCAAAUUGGCAACAUUUUAUGAACAUUUGCCUAUCGACGGUCAGUCCGACCAGUCAACCUUUACAUCACCAUAUGUUGAUCCUUUUUCCAAAAUCGGAUUGAUCACAUCACUCUGUCGCACUGUUAAAGUAGCCGCGGGGUUUCAUGGAGUUAUAUGUACUGAUGUAAAAAUAAGUGAACUAUUGACUGAAAUAGAAUACUUCUCAGAAGAAGAAUAUUCCUACGGAUUUAUGAUAGACGGAACUGGGAGAGUCUUGAUGCACCCAUUAUUACCUAAUGCGGCUUUUGUCAGAUCUACUGAAGAUCCAGUAUUAGUUGAUAUAAGUGUUCUUGAACGUGCACCAGAAGCACAGUCCGUUAUUGAUUCAAUGAAAAGUGGUGAAUCUGGAUCUAAGGAGUUCAAUAAGUUCUUCAUAAAGCCACGUGGAAAACUUUUAAAUGACGGCAGUAAGGAUGUUAAUCUCAAAGCACAGUUGUUUUGGGGUCCAAUACCUAAGAGUAACUUUUCUUUGUGUAUUGUUCUUGUGGAAGAAUCGUACUCCGAAAUCGAUGAAUCAAAAUUCAACACAGAUAAAAGCAAUGUGUUUAUGUUCCAUGAUAGAAAUCUUUUGAAGGAUGACUUUAAAAAUUGUAAAUUCUACAGACGACGAGCUACAUUAGCUCACAGUUCUGUCAAGUUUACACCGACUGCUUUUCAGAAUCCGUUUCAAUUUCUAGACAGUGAUGAAACAGCCCUGAAUGUCACAAAAUAUAAAAAUUAUAUCACGGCGACAACGUCAAGUAAUCCAGGAUUUAAGUCAACUGUUCGAUCAUCUGUUUGGGCUACUUAUAAAGCUGAGCAGUUCUGGAAGGAACAUCCAGCCACUUAUGUGUCAUGGCGGUACAUUGGUACAAAAUCAGGAGUCAUGAGGACAUAUCCGGGAAUUUUGUUGCAUAAAAACUUUGACCAUGAAAAGAGACCGUGGUGGCGUCAGGCUUUAGGACAUCCAAACACUAUGUAUCUUACAACACCGUAUGUUGAUGGAUGGGGAUCCGGUAUAGUACUGACAUUCAUACAUACAUUACAUAAAGCAGGAACUGAUGGAAUUGGUGCAGUAACUGCCACUGUCGCUGCUGAUUUCCCGUUACAAUAUUUUAAUUGGUUUAUUAAUGAUAUUUAUCCCUCCUGCGAUGACGGAAACAGGUGCAUUAUUUUAGAUAAUAGUGGAUUUAUUGUCAUGCACCCUCGGCUUAAGGACACGACAGAUGAAUCAGAUUUUCUUGAACCUAAACAUAUUACUGUCGAGGAACCUGGUAUUGCUGAAAUGUUGACAUCUAAAGGAGUACUGAAUAGCAAAGAAUGCCAAGAUUUCUCUGUGAACACAAAUCUUCGAUCUUAUAGGGUUACCAUGCCAUCAGGAUUUUCGGGUGGAUUGGACUUGAAGGAUACUGAAAACAAUUUUGAGAUAAGACCAGUAACUGACAGUAAUUUGUUUAUUAUAAGAUUCCAGUCGAGACCAUCUACCGAAUGUACUUCAAUUUGUCAAGGAUCAAAGUCCCCAGAUGUAUUUGAGUGUCAGGAUAACUGCGACUGUUUAUGUCACAUACCAAUUACCUAUGACGUUUGUUCAAACAGAUAUAACACAGAAUCCGCUCCUUCACCAUGUAGUGCAAGAAUCCCAGAUACAUCUGGUAAAAACGAUCCUGAUAUAACUGAUGGCCUGGACGCAUGCUAUACACCAACAUGUCACGAGAAGUCGUCAAAACAAGAAUGUUAUAGCGAAGCUGAGUGUACGUGGUGCGAGUAUACAGACAUUGGACAACAAAUUGCUACGCCAUGUUGUAGGCUGAAAGAGGAUUGUUACUUUGGUAAAACAACACCUGAAAACAGAGAUACAUGUGCACCGAUAUCUACGCAGGCCCCUGCCGAAAGCGGAGGCGAAGGAGCAAAAACUGGUUGGAUAGUAGGUGGAUCUGUGGUAGCUGGAAUAAUACUCACUCUGGUUGUGUUCGGUGGAGUAAAGUAUUUCAGAAAUUGUGAAAGAGAAGAUCAAACAGAUCCAUAUAUAGAUGCUGUUCCUGAUCGUGGUGAACUUCCCCAAUACACAGAAAGAGAAGAAUGUACCGGCGAAGAAUCACCACAAAGAUUCUAUGAUAGGGCUAAUCAGAAUUUUUACUGUCAACCAAAUACAUGAAAUCGAUAAUACAUUGUAAUAUAUAAUCGAAAGGUUUGACGGUAUACGUACGUCCUUAUUGUUCACAGCUAUCAUUCUAGAUACCAGUAGGAGUCAACUUUUUUUAAUUUCUUUGUUAUGUAAUAGAAACGUGUCUUUCAUUUACGAUUUUCGUUUCUGAAAUAGAUAAAAUUUUGGUUUUAUCGACAUUGAUUGUCAAAUUUUUUUUUAAACAAUAGUUAUCAAAAAUAUUUAGAGUGUUGUGAAGGCCUUGAGAAGUUUAAGAAUAGAGAAAUGUGUAAUCACAAAGUAAUGCUAUAUAGUAAUAUCUGAAUAUUGAACUUGGUUUUUCCAUACAGUGAUCAAUACUAUUUAAAUUAUACUCAGUAAAUUAUUAUUGUUUAUCAUUAAGAAAAAUUGGAAAUAGAAGAAGGUAUAGAGUCUUUCCUGGUCGAAUUUAACCGAACACAUGACUGACAUGUUUGAGUACAUGUUACAUCCUACUUUAAAACUUUCAUUCACACCAUUUUUCUUUAUUUUUUUGCCAAAGACCGACUACGCACUAUGUUUUUCCAAACCGCGAUUGAGAUUAAUAGCUUUAAGUUUUGAAUGAAAAGGUUUUUUUACCCAAAAUCUUUGACGCUAUUUCAGUAACCAUGUGUAUAAUCUUAUCUACAAAUCUACUAAUAUCACGAGCGUCUGUUUCAAAGACGUCAAUUGCAUUAUUAAAACAAAUAAUUGCAAUGCUCUUUGAAUGCUUAGUUAUUUAUUAUAAUAUUAUCACAUAUGAUCAACAAACUGAUCUUUUUGUUUUGUGUUUUUUAGCUCACCGUUCCGAAUGAAAUGUGAGCUUUUGCCAUCACUUGGCGUCCGUCGUCGUCUGUCGUCGUCCGUCGUCGUCCGUCUGGUGUAAACUUUUUCAAACAUCUUCUCCUCUGAAACUACAGAACCAAUUCCAACCAAACUUAAGCUGAAUGAUGCUUAGGGUAUCUAGAAUAAAUUUUGUAUUUUAUUUACUGUUUUGUCAAAUGACAUGGCCGCCAUGACUAAAAAUAGAACAUAGGGGUAAAAUGCAGUUUUUGGCUUAUAUUUCAAAACCAAAGCAUUUAGAGCAAAUCUGACAUGGGGGUUAAAGUGUUCAUUAGGUACAGUUCUAUCAGCCCUGAAAUUUUCAGUUGAAUCUGAUAACCCAUUGUUGGGUUGCUGCCACUAAAUUGGUAAUUUUAAGGAAAUUUUGCAGUUUUUGGUUAUUAUCUUGAAUAUUAUUAAUGAUAAAAAUAAACUGUGAACAGCAAAAAUGUUCGGCAAGGUAAGAUCUACAAAUAAGUUCAUAUGAUCAAAAUUGUCAAUUGAUCCCUUAAAGAGUUAUUGCCCUUUAAGGACAAUUUUACACAAUUUGUUUAUCAUGUUUUCUAACUUUAAAAAAUCUUCUUCUCUGAAACUACUGAACCAAUUCCAACCAAACUUAAGCUGAAUGAUUCUAAGGGUAUCUAGAAUAAAGCCAGCAAAGUAAGAUCUACAGAUAAGUUAGUAUGACCAAAAUUGUCAAUUGUCCCCUUAAGGAGUUAUUGCCCUUUAAAAUCAAUUUUUCACAAUUUGUUCAUUUAGUUUGCUUACUUUAAAAAAUCUUCUCCUUUGAAACUGCUGAAUCAAUUUCAGUCAAACUUGGGCUGAAUAACUUCAGAGUAUCUAGUAUAAAUUUUAUAUUUUAUUUUCUUGUACGUCAAGAAACAUAGCCACUAUGGCUAAAAUGAAACAUAGGGGUAAAAUGCAUUUCUUUUAUUUUGAAGAAAAUAUGACAGAUACAAAGAACAUUUCAAUGGAAGUUUUAAGCCAUUCAUUAAUAUAUAUUGAAAAGCAAAAAUAAUCAUUGAUGAAAGAUUUAAGCAAAACAUUACAGGUGAGCGAUUCAGGCUCUUGAGAGCCUCUUGUUUUAUUUAUGACAUUAUUUCUAUCUAGAUGACUAUCAAUCUCCUGAAUGUUUCUUCAAUUUGUAAUAGGAUUAUGAGCAAAUUAUUCUUUUAUAUAACUGAUCAUAACUAACUAAGUAACUAAUUUUAUUCAGUAUAAAAUCCGGUAAAUAUGUAUUCAGUAUAAAAUCAAGUAUAUAUAUACACGUAAAAUGUCCAUGUAGAAUGUCAAGAGAAUGUACAUAUAUAUUCGAAAGUAAAAAGUCGAAGUCCGAAACAUUAAUCAGUCAUGCAAGUAAAUUUUCUGGAAUUAAGACCCAUUUGUUCGCCCUUAACCCACUUGAUGUCGCUAAUAUAAUGUGGUAAUUAAUGUGUUUGAUAAACGAUCAUGGUCAGUGGCGUUUUACCCCAAAAGAAUUUUACACAUGUGUAUAUCUUUACAAGAUACAUCUUGCUGCCUGAAAAUACUAUUUUAGGUAAAUCUUUGGCUAAUAUCAGAAUAUUAAUAUCAAGCUCUUGAAAUAAGGUUAUUUUGCCGUUUUUACAGUUUUGCACAAAAUUCAUGAAGUUUGAAGUCCUUUUGCAAAUAUUUCAGACACAUUCACAUAUAUGAAUAAUAGUGUCCGAUAAACUACUGUCUUAUGAAAAUCUGCAGGAUGCUUUUUGGUUGAAGUAUGAUAAAAAAAAAUAAUUUCGAAUUCAAGUGGCCGAAAAAGACGUCUUAUCAUACUUUCUUAUUUUUUCAAAAUCUUUCAGAAGUACACUAUUCAUCAUUUUACGCCAAAUAAUCAUAGCAAAUGUACGGACUAAAAGUCGAAAUAAGAAGAUUUGAAAUGAAAAACUUUUGCUGUUUUUUUUUAAAUCGCUAUUGCGCUUCCGUAGAAACAUUUUACUGUAAAAUGAUAGUAUUAAAUGUCAUGCAUCUUAAUGUGUUUACCAAGAGUAUAUAUGAAGACAGCGAUGUGUUCAUUUUUUUUUCUAGUUCUGAUUGCCCCACAUCAAAAGUUCUGAUUGUCCCACAUCAAAGUUCUAAUUGUCCUACAUUAUUUUAUAGUGUCAGCAGUUCUUAAAUAAACAAUGAACGAUUGUUUUUUUCUAUGAGCAAUUUAAUGAAAAUUAAUAAUUGCUUUAACAUACUAUUAGUUUGAUAUCAAUUGUAUUGAUGUAUGCUGAUGAUACUAUUUUUUAGGUAAAUAUAAAUUAUCUGUAAAAAAUGAUAGACGUUGUUCAUUUAUGUUUUAAAGUGCAUAAUUUGCAUAUUAAUAUGCUCAAAACUAAGAUUAUUGUAACAGAGAUGUUUAUAAACCAGAGGAGAAAUGGUCCAUUAAUGGAGAGUAUAUUGAGUUACGUGAUGAAUUUACAUAUCAUGGUAUAUAAUUGUUCAAUUAUAAUGGUAUUUUACUAAUACUCAGAAAAUGAGUCAAUUCAAGGUAAAUUUAAGUUUAUUAAAUAAAAUUUAAGACGAAUACAUCAAUACAGAGACACUUCUGUCUUUAUUUGACAUAUCAUAUAAUAUAUGUUUCAGGCAGAGUGAAUUGUGGUAAUACAGUGUGGGAAUAUUGUAAUGCAUCGACAUUGAAACUCUUCAUUUAUAUUUUUAAAAGAAUAUUUUGAAAGUAAAAAGAGUACUACACAUCUAGUCCUGUUGAAUUUACAGACGUAUGUAUCGCAAAAUGAUCAAAUAUUAGUGUAAAUUGUUAAAAACUGACAAAUGUAUUCUGAAUUUUUUUUUUACAAUUUAUGUAUAGAAAUAUUGGAUGCUAGCUACGUAAAAGUAAUUUCAAAUUGAAUUGGUCAUGUAAAAUAAACAAUUUACUAUGUAAUUAAGGUUGAUGUAAUGUGUGGUUGACACAAAAUGUUAUAAAUGAAUAUGUGUUAACAGCCGUGUUGCUGAUAGAUUUAUAACUAAAGCAAUGUAAUUUUUUUGGAAUCUCUUUUACAAAUACAUCUAUGACAGUCAUGGUUCGCACUUGUAUAAUGUAUAUUUACCAGUUGAUAUGAUAUUUCAGAGAUAGCGUGUGCUAUCAUUAUUUCCUUGAUAGAGGGUUGCUGCUUAAACAAAAGGUCUAAGUGGUGAAAUCAGAAUUAUCCUUUCGAAAAUUCUACGGAAGCCAUCUAAGUAGACCGGUGAAUUUAAGAUAUAAACCAGUAACUAGCCAGAAUGGUUUACAUGAACGUAACUAGAACAUUGAAACUGGAAGGUUUUUGAAUAUCAACAGAAACAAUAGAAUAUGUAAUACGUGCAACUGUAAUUCUGCAAAGGAUGAAUACCAUACAAUUUUGUAAUGUAUUAAAUAUAAAGAUCAUCCAAUGAGUAUAAAAACCUUAUUACUGGAGAAAUCCAUCAUUUUUUAAACUCAUUAAAAUGUUAUCUGUUCGAAAUAUAAAAGAACUUUAUAAUUAUAUUGGAAAGUAUUUAUAUAUUGCCAAAAGAACUUGCAAUUGUUGGAUGUGUAUAUCAUGCUUUCAGAUUGUUUAGUUAUGAUAUAAGUUACGCAGUGUGCUAGUGAUCUAAUCCGAUGUAUAUGCGGUCAGUAAAUUCCAUAUGGGGUGAGAGCAAUUUAUCUUACCGACUAUCUCAAUUUGUGGUAUUUAGACUAGUGGCCUAUCAAAAGGUUCAAGUCUUCAAUAUAAAGAACCUAUUUCCAUUGGUAUAUACAAAAACAAAUGCCAACAAUAACAACUUGAUAGCUUUUGUUGUGUUUUCUGCAAUUAUUUCAAUCGUUCAUCUUCAGUUUCUUCAUCUGUUGUCAGGGCGAAACAUUUCAGAUUUUUCUUCAAAGCCGUGUUGUUUUUAUAAAGGGGCGUAACACCACUACUAACCAUGUAUUCAAAUAAACCACGCCACUAACCACAUAUUAAAUAUACAAGGUCUCCACACGGUCGGUUUUAACAAAUGACAUUCCUAGAAAUGUAUAGAAGGUGAGUUAACAAUUAAUAUUAUGCUCCUAGAUUGUUUUAGCUUGUAUGAAUUGCAUUAAUGAAUUACACAAUUGUUCUACGUGAUGAAUACUUAAUAUUAUAUUAUACUUGAUACCUAUAUAUAAGCUGUAUUGCUCUUAGAAUAAAGACUAUAUAUAUAUAUAUAUAUAAUAAGUACGUCUGAACCAAUGCAUGACGACUCUACAACAGAUUUUAUCCAUCGGAUCACCAGCAGCGAUGGUGAUACAAGGCUGAAAAAACAUUCUGUAUAUAUAAUUCGUCUAAAUAACAGCCCAACAAUGUUAGAUCUGUAAAUUUGCGGAAGCAAAUUUGUUGUUCUUCACUGGCCUGGAUUCAAACUCAUAUAUAUAUAAUAUGUGUAAAUACGGAUUGUUGAAUACUCCUUGAUAUAUACGCACUUUGAUAACAUUUAGAAGUUAUAAUAAAAUAUAUCUAUAAUGUUAUGAAUUUGUUUAUAAAUUUGUGUAUUUUAGUUUAUUAAAUAAAUUUAUUUUGUUUUAAUAA